AAAUUUUCCUCCCCCACACAUUGGUACAGUCCUUGAUAGUCACAGAAGGGACAUAAGCUUAAGAAGACUACAAGCUCCCACAUCCCUGCGGUGGAACAAACCUAGUCUGCAAGUGCAAUUCAGAAUGUCAAGUCUGGACGUGGUGAGCCAGCUAAGUUCACAAUAGUAUUCUUGAAUGAACAAAACUUUGGCUUCUGAUAGGAUGCCUGUGGACAUUCCUCCAAACCAAAACCAAAGUACCCUAUUGGGAAAGACAGAAAUAUCUAGUACCCUGAAAUAUCUACUAGACAAGCUACAGAAAUUCCUGAAGGAGAAUCUAGAAGCACUGGGGGUGGCUCAGAUUAUGAUUGGUGUGAAAUGCUUCUUUUAUGGGAUAAUUGGAUUUCUUCCUCCUAAUUCUGAAAUGCACAGAAUCAUUUUCUUCUCAAUUUACACAGGCUUCUCCUUCUGGGGGGCAUUGUCUUUUAUCAUUUCUGGAAUUCUGACUGUUGUGUCUGCCAAGAAGCAAACAAAAUCACUGCUGAGAGGGAAUCUAGGUGCUAACACUCUUAGCACCUUGGUCUCCUUUGUUGGGAUCUGUAUUCUGUCAUGCAAUUUAACAAAAAAUGGCCGCUAUGAUUGCAAGAAGGAAACUCUCUGUUUGGGCAUCAAAUCAUUUGCAACUGGACUUGUGAUUGUCCUAAUGAUCCUAACUUGUCUGCAAAUUUUAAUUUCACUUCCUCUCUCCAUGCUCAACUAUAAUGUGAAUGACAAGGAUAUUCACUGGAUUUCUAUAUUGUUUCACUGGAAAACACCUUCUGAUAGUAUUUAUGAAGAAGUGUUCCCUCAAACUUCAAUCAAUCAAGAACUUCAACGUAAGAAAGAAACAACUUCACGUUAUUCUGCAGAUACUAGCAAACAAACAUGAGGCUGCACUUUUGUAUUCUGGAACCACAGUGAUAGCAAGAAGCUCAUACUGGGACCACUGAGGCAUAAAUACACACAUGUGAGGCUACAACUGUGUGGGUCAGAGUCAUAAAGAUAGCAACUGGCAUUUAUAAUAAUAAGAAUUUGGUUGUCACCACCUUUUUUGUUGUUGUUUGUUUGUUAUGGCUGGAUGUCAUCACAGGCUAGGUUUAUACACUGUU